GACAGCAGCUAGGCGUUUGCUUCAAACGGCUAUCCAAUCAACUGCAUCGUGCCCCAACAGGCUUUGACCGGGGCGACAAGUAGCUCCUUGCGCAGUGCCCCCCGCGGCCAUGCAUUCGCAGGGCGCGGCCCUGGAGGCAGCGGCCUCGCCCUCCGCAGCUGCUGCUACGCCGCCGCCGUGGCUGUCGCCACAGCUGCACACGCAGCUGCCGCCCUCACACCGUCUGGAGUCCACCGAGAUCCGGCUCCUGAAGGCCGAGUACCUGAAGCGCAGAGGUGACGCGGCGCUGACAGACGGCAACACACGCGACGCGCGAGCCUGGUACACCACGGCACUGGCUGCGGCGCCCAGUGCCGGCCCCGCGGCUGCCACCCUGCGCCGCGCACUCCACGCCAACCGCUCCCUGGCAGCACUCCGGGGCUGCGGCGGUGGCGGCGGUGGCGGCGGCGGCGGCGGCACAGCCAUGGCCGCAGCCGGCGGCAGCGAUCCGCACGCCGCAGCACUGGCGGCGGAGGCCCUGGCGGACGCGCGCGUGCUUGUUCGUGAGCACCCCGCCUGGGCCAAGGGGCACUACAGGGCAGGACAGGCGCUGCUGCUGCUCGGGAGGCCGGAGGCGGCUGUGGCAGCACUGGCGGAGGCGGCACGCCAAGAGCCAGGGCAGCCGGAGGUGCUGCGGCGGCUUGAGGAGGCGGUGGCGGCGCUGAGUCGGCCGCAGCUGUCGGAGUCCCUACUGCUCAUGGCGCUGCAGCAGCGGUCGCCGCUGCCGCUGCUAGUGGAGAUGGACGGCGCUGGCCUCGAGGAUGGCGGCAGUAGCUGUGGCGGCAGCCGGCAGUGCCAGCAGCCGCCGCUGCCGCCGCUGCAGCCGGAAGGCGCAUCGGCGGAGGGGACCUGUGCAAAGGCGGAGUCUGCGGCACUGGGCCGGACGCAGUCACAGGCACCAACACAGCUACAGCCACAGCCACAGCCGCUGCUGCCACAGCUUAGUGGGCAGCGGCUGGAGAUGGAUGCGGAGGUGAUGGAGGAGCUGCGGGAGGCGGUCUACCAGGUGGUGCGGGAGGCGGAGGAGGGCGUGCCAGGGCUGCUGCCGCCUUUGCCCUGGUUCCGGCCGCGCGCGCUGUACCGCCGCUGGGUGAGCCGCCGCCGACACGCCGCCGCGCCAGCACCGCCACCGCCGCUGGAGGCUUGGGCACUGCUGGCAGCAGUGCUGCUGCGCGCGGGCCAUGCAGCGCCCGCACUCACCCACGCCGCCGCUGCCGCGGAGGCCCUCACACAAGCCUCAGCCGCGACGGAUGAGGAGAAGGAGAAGGAGGAGGAGGAGGAGGGCGGCGACGGGGCUGGUGGGCUGCAUUGGCUGCAGGCUGUCGAGCCCCGGGUAAAGGCGGGACAACCCGCCGGUGGCAGCAGCAGUAGCUGUGACACGGUGGACGACCCAGCCGCUGCACUGAUGUGCUACCGCGGCGCUGUGGCCCUCUGCCCGCAAAGCAUUGUGUACAAGGAGCGUUGCAGGUCCGCCACCGCCCGCCUGGACGCCGACGCAGCCGCACCACGCGACCCGCUGCGCCGCAGCAGCCCAGCCCUGCUGGCGCUGGGGCUUACAGUGUCGAGGGAGGCGGCAGUGGCGAUGGCACCUACUUCGGCUGCGGGAAUAGUGGCAGGGGCCGCCGUGCAGCUGGCAACGGGCAAAGACGGCGCUCGCGAGCAGCCCAGGCAAGCUGCUGACACCCGCCCUCCUGGUAUCGACAGGGUCAUUCCGCAACGGGCAAGCCAGCGCAUGGAGCUGUUUGCGGAGCUGGUCUUUGUGACGACACGUUCCAGCGAAGAGGGCGAGCGGGCAGCGGGCCCGUCUCCUUGCCCGUCUCCUGGCCGCGGUGGCGCAAAUGCGGCUGGCGGCAGCGCCGUCAUCACCGCCCCACCGCCGGCGCCAUCCCUGCCCGGCCCCGCGCGCAUGGCCUUCCGCGCGGCGGUGGCGCGGGCGUGCGGCGUGGCGCCAACGGCAGUGCUCCUUGAGGGGGCGAGGCAGGUGCGGUGGCGUGAUGGCCGGCCGGCCUUGAGGGUGGAGCUGUGCCUCAAGCUGAUGGCCGGCGGCGGCUGUGGCAGCGGCGGCGGCAGCGGCGGCGGCAGCGGCGGCAGCAGCGGCGGCAGCAGCGGCGAUGGCAGGGGCGGCGGCGGCAAGGACGCAGCACAUGGAGCCAGUAGCUGUAGUGGCGGGGUCGCUGCCGCUGAUGUUGCUGUCGGUGGCGCUUCCGGAGGGGUGGCAGAUGGUCUGUCCGGCGGCACAGCGCGACCGACGAUGGAACCGGUUCUGAAGCUGCUGCAGGACUGCGACGGCGAGCUGUGCACCGAGCUCAGCUCACUGCUGGUUCCGGUGCCGGUGGUGUCGGGUUUGCCCGCAGUGGCUGCUGGCGCUUCUGGGCCCCUGGGCAUCGCCGGCGGAGCGCCGUCUUCCCCGCCGGCCGCCUCGGCUGCCCCCGCGGCAGCGGCAGCAAGUGCCAGCACGAUGAGCAGCGCCUGGGGGGUGCGGGUCGUCUGGAGCGCCGUCAGAACGGCGGCGGGCGAGCUGCUGGAGCCUGUGACGGCGCCCGCAGCGGCACCGGUGGCAGAAGCGGCAGCAGCGGCCGCGGCGGUGGCAGUGGAGGUGCGCUGCGGCGGCAGCGGCAGCGCGGCGCAGGCGUUGCGGCCGGCGGACAUGCACACAAAUGCAGGCCAUGGCGAGGGGCGAGAUGCAGGACGGCUGGUGCGAGUGCCUUUUGCCGUCUUGCCGGCCGCGCCCUCCGGCCGCCUGGCGCUGCCCUUCGUGCGCUACCGCUUCGUCACCGCCCACGGCCGCCCCCUGGACAGAGUCCGGCGCCACCCCUUCGGCCUCAGCCGCGCCCUAUACGGCACAGAGGAGCUCACGCCGCGACUGGCGGGCGACGCCGCUGUGUGGGCUGAGCCGCGGGGCUGCGGAGACUUUGGCGGCGGGAGUGGCGGCGGGAGUGGCGGCGGGCCCGGGUACCGGGGCGGGUUCCGGUGGCGUCAGAGCGCAGGCGAGGUCCACAUCAUCGCAACACUGGUGCCGGCAGGCGUGCUGUCACGUGAGCUCGUGGUGGAGGUGCACGUGGCGCACCGCAGCCUGAGGGUGGUGGCGCGCCCGCGUGCCCGCCGCCCCGGCCACAUCGGCAGCCUGCAGACGGCGCCGGCGCAGUCCGCGGCGGCCCAGGCGCCUUGCGGUUCAGCUGGCCUGAAGCAAGGAGGGACGCCUACCGGCGGCGGCGGCACAGGUAUCAACGGCCAAGUGGCGGCGGCUGCUGCGGCCAGAGCGGCGGCGCCGGACGUGACGGUGGUGGCGGAGGCCGAGGUUGGCGCAGCUGUUGAGAGCGAUGGCGUUUACAACCCUUGUGACCGCAUAAUGCAGGGUGAGCAGCAGCGUUGGGGUAGUGAGCAGCUGGAGGGCCAGAGACAGGCGGAGGAGGAGGACAUGAUGAUCCUGGAGGGGCUGCUGGAGGCGCCGGUGCGUGCCGACCAGACCACCUGGAGCCUCAUGACCAGCAACACCACCGCAAGCAUCUCAGUACUCGCAGCCAGCCCAGCGCUGCUGGGUCAAGUGAAUGGCACUUCCAGAGGCAUCCGUACAGCCGCAUCAGCAGAUGGGCCUGGCAGCUGCAGCACUGGCAGCAACACUGACAGGAGCUCAGGCGGCGGCGUCAGCCGCACAGCAGCGGCACCCUUAUCAGAUGCAGCCGCAACCAAUGCCGGUUCAGCUGCGGGCAGCUCCGGCGCUGCAGGCCUGCUGGUGGCUAUCAGCCUGGUGAAGAUGCGGCCGGCAGACGGCGCCGCCAGUGAGGCCUGGUGGGUGCGGUGUCUGGAGGGGGCGCCGGAGGUGGAGUGGGAUGCGGGCGCGGGGGAGCGGGACUAUAGCACCAUGCCUGAGGAGGAGCUGCACAGGCAGAGGCGAGAGCGGGCGCAGGUGGAGGCGGCGAGGGAGGAGGCGGAAGAGGUACGACGGCAACGGACAUGAGCUGGGGCAAGAGCAGUGGGUCAGUGGCUUUGGAUGCUGUCGCCUGUCGGCACCGUGCGACCGUGCGUGGCAAACGCAGUCCUGGCGCACACAACAGCCCAGCUUACAGGCUGUCCAGGGGACGGCAGCGCCUCAAGACGCGGGCUGCGGCUGUUUCCCCACGGCAUCCUGUAAGCCGUUGCUCCUCAGCUUUGCAACUUUCUAGCACAAAGCGACAACUCUUAGCUCGGCGCAUGCCCCUUGGCAGGGCUCCUAUCUUAAUGUCUCC